AUGGCCGACAUGACUGCCGUCGGCGAGGAGAAACUCUCCCCAAACCAUGAUGACCUGCAACAGCCCGGCAACGGCGCUGACACCCGUGGCACCAAGCGCGGCCGCAUGAGCGCCGAGGACGACGACGACGAUGAUGACAAGCCCGGCCGUGAGCGCCGCAAGAUUGAGAUCAAGUUUAUUCAGGAUAAGUCGCGUCGCCACAUCACUUUCUCCAAGCGGAAGGCUGGUAUCAUGAAGAAGGCCUACGAGCUUUCCGUCCUCACGGGUACUCAAGUGCUCCUGCUGGUUGUCUCCGAGACCGGCCUCGUCUACACCUUCACCACCCCCAAGCUCCAACCCCUCGUGACCAAGGCUGAGGGCAAGAACCUUAUUCAGGCCUGCCUCAACGCGCCCGACCCCACCACCAACGAGAACGGCGUGGAUGCUCCCGAUGUCCCUGCUGAAACCCCCGAGGAUGUCGCCCACAGCAACGUCAACGCGUCGCAGUCCAACAUGGGCCGUCCCGGCAUGCACCCUGGCUACAUGACCAGUGAGCAGCAGCAGCAGAUGGCCUACUACCAGAACCUCCAACAGCAACAGCAGGCUGGCGGACAGUAUCCCGGUAUGCCCGUGGGUGGUCGUAUGCCUCCGCAGCACCAACCCACCGCGUAA